AAUACCCAGACAAACAGCGUUUUACUACGAACAGAGAGGAGUCGAGCAACACGCAUGACAACAGAAACCUCCCCUAAAACUACUUCUCCUGAGAGCAAACUAUGACAGGAUUUCGCUGGUCGGUCCGAAAUGCUUUGAAGUUCCCCUGAGAUAACCAGAGGGAGAAAGAAAAAAAAAAAAGAAAAAAAACCUGCUCGUGGCAGAGAAAGACAAUUCGAAAUCUUCUUCGUCUGUGGAGGAGGACUUGGGGUGAAAAUGUGAAGAAGCAGAAAGGACCAGCAGCAGCGUCGAACAAGUUCGUUUAUGGAAGAAAACAAAACAAACAAACAGGGGGAAAAAACGCAAGAGGAAUAGAGAAUAGGUUAUUUUGGUGCUGGAGGAGCCAUAACUUUGCAUGUUUUGUGUGCGUUUCGAGUUUCAGACACACAGACAGAGAAGAAUUAUCUUGGGGUUAUUGCUGUUGAUAUCUGGCUGUAAUUUUACAAAGACCAGUGAAGUUGUCCCGGAGAAGCCUUGGAGGGGACGGGACGGCGCUGAGGUAAGACAACACGGGGACUGCUGUCAUGCCAGGACCUCCAACUGAGCAGUGGUGGGUACAGAUUUUCUAGCAGCGUGGAGCUACCACUGCUGACUGAAUGCAGAGGAAACACUGAAGGCCUUUCUCCAGACCUCCCUGCAGCUUCAGGGGAGAUUGUCAGAUGUGUACCCAGCACUCAAAGCCCCUGGCCUGGCCGCGGGGAUGGCAGCCUCUGCCCUGAACCUGAACGGCCUCGGAGUCAUGAACAGCAGUAAUCAGUUUCACAACCAGUCAGGCUCCUCUAGUACCACUUCCCGAGCUAGAACCAGCCCAGUCGCCCGACCUGUGCUGCCAGUUCCGGAUCGGAGUACCUACUGCCAGUUACUGGGUGGGGGAGCGCUGGGUGGAGGUCUUUACAGCCCAACCAGCCCUAAGACGAGCCCCCAAACCCCUGGUCGAACCUUUGUCUUCCCCCCUUCAUCCUCACUCUGCCCCAGCCCCACCCCUCGUGCUCGCUCCCCCUCCCCGCGAAACCCGGAGCUUCUAGGAGUCGAUGUUGGCCAGCGGGUUCGACGCCUGAGCUCGCCCGGUGGUGAAGAGAGAGGGGAAGGAGACGGGCAAGAGGAGAGGGGAGGAGAGACGGGAGGAGGAGAGAGGCGAGAGGAGAGGAGACGCCAGGCACAGCUGCUGCAAAUUCACAGAGAGCUGCAGAACGUUGAGGUCAGGGGAAAAGUGGGCAUUUUUGAAGCCCACAUUUCCGGGAUUCGUGCCCAGGUGCUAAACAGUGAGCUCCAGCGCAGCCCUCGAUCUCCAAGACGAUCAACUAGCCAAACCCCUUCCCAUCCCAGCCAAGGAAACACAGCCCUUAAAUGCCCAAUGACCCACCCACUAGAGAGUCAAGUUCCCUCCGUUGUCCAAAAUGGGAGAGAAAGGGGGGAAGAAAUAAUGGCAGGAGAAAGGAGAGAAGGAGAAAGGCACAAGGGCGAGAAGGACGGCGGUGCUACUAAAAUGAACACAGAGAAUAAGACACUGCUUGGUCAAAAUGGCCGCCAUUCAGAAACAACAAUGCAAACUCCCUGUUUAGAUGCGCUGUUUGUUGUUCAGGCUUCACUUGAGGCAUUAGAUGCAGCAACAGACAGAGAGAAAGAAGAAGGAGAAAGACUGAGAGAAAAGGAGGGAGAAAAAGAAAGAGGGAAGGUAGAAAACAAACAAAUGCUGGAAGAUGAAAGAGAAUGGACAGAGAGAGAGGUGAGAGAUGAGAAAGAGGACCGGUUGUGUCCUGAGAUGCUGCUCCAGACAGACACAAACAGGUUGGCGGUUAACCCAGAAACCCCUGCUUUGUGUCAGGCACAAAGCAGUGAGAGCUCCCCUUCUUUGUUGGACAUCACUGAUCAAACUGCUAACCACUCUCCCUCCAUCCCUCCCUCCAUCCCUGCAGUCAUAAUAACUGACCAUGGAUUGGAAAGCCAGCCUCAAACUUCCGGCUCAGACCAGGGACCAUGCUGCACCCCUAGCCCCAGUUCUAGCCCUGUCCCUGGGGUCAAAUCGUCCACACACUCCCUCAGGAAGCUGUCGUCCUCCUCUACCUCUUCGGCCGGUUUCUCCUCAUCUUGGGAAGAGUCAGAGGAGGAUAUUUCCAGCGAUACGGAGAAAGGGGAGCAGCUUCUCAACCCUACGCUCCUUAGUUCUAAACAGAAAGCACACAAGUCUUGGAAGAAGAUUAAGAACAUGGUCCACUGGUCUCCAUUUGUCAUGUCCUUCAAGAAAAAAUAUCCCUGGAUACAACUGGCUGGGCACGCAGGGAGCUUCAAGGCAGGAGCCAACGGCCGCAUUUUAAAAAAACACUGUGAAUGUGAGCAGCGCUGCUUGUCCCUCCUGAUGAGGGAUGUGCUGCGCCCGUACGUCCCGGGUUACCAUGGAGACGUAGAGAAGGACGGACAGAAAUACAACCAGAUGGAGGAUCUGCUGGCUGAGUUCGACUUUCCAUGUGUGAUGGACUGCAAGAUGGGAGUAAGGACCUACCUUGAGGAAGAGCUGACCAAAGCUCGUAAGAAGCCCUCUCCGAGACCUGACAUGUAUCAGAAAAUGAUUGAAGUUGAUCCCGGGGCGCCUACAUCAGAGGAAAACGACAAGAAAGCGGUGACCAAACCCAGAUACAUGCAGUGGAGAGAGACCAUAAGCUCAACAGCCACCCUGGGAUUUAGGAUAGAAGGAGUCAAGAAGGAGGACGGGACAGUGAACAGAGAUUUUAAGAAGACAAAGACGAGCGAGCAAGUUACUGUGGCCUUUCACGACUUUGUCAAAGGAAAUAAGGACAUACUGAAUGGUUAUCUAACCAGGCUGAAGGAAAUCAGAGACACUCUGGAGCUCUCCCCAUUCUUCAAAACCCACGAGGUGAUCGGCAGCUCCUUGUUAUUCGUUCAUGACAGUAAGGGACGGGCCAAAGUCUGGAUGAUUGACUUUGGGAAAACCACGCCUCUUCCUGACGGGGAGGAACUAACCCACCGGGCAUCGUGGGUAGAGGGCAACAGAGAAGAUGGCUACCUUUUUGGACUUGAUAGCUUGGUGGACAUCAUUUCAUCCAUGGUGGUCUCUGAGACUUGAAGUCUGAGGAGUUUUUUUUUUUUUUUUAAAUCCAAGUGAACAUUUGGACCCACAACAACCACUUCCAUUCAUUCUUCAUUUCUCUGGGGAACACUCUGGACUUCCUCAAGGAUCCUUUCACUGAUAUCAGUUCUCAUAUUGGUAACCACAUAAUCCCAUAACAAUGCAUGGCCAAGUCAUUUGACGGAUGCAGUCUCUUUAUUCAUAUCCAGUGGAGAUUCAACGUCUACCUCUUCCCCAUUUAUAGCCUUCUUAUGUUAUUCUUAACCACUCAAGGGCAGACCCUAACAGGGCUGUUUCACAGCAGACAUUUUAACUUGUCAUAGCAGGAGAAACACAGGUGUGUUGUAACAACUAUCACAACGUCUCAGUUCCAUUAAGUGUCCCAGUAAUCCCUGAGCCAGCAUGCACAAAAUCAUUAAUGUUAGUUCCAUCUGUGCUUCUUCUCCUUUUACAUGUCAAAAUGUCUGCUGUGAAAAAAAAUGUAUUUUUAAAUGCAUUAGACCUUCAAGACAACAUCGUUAAUAAGGAAUAAUCCAUUUAAAAGCAGAAAAUGUAUACUGCUUAAUCCAAAUUAAAGGAUAAGGCUAGGAAUAUUCUAUAUUUUUGUUAUUGUGAACAAAUCCCAUGAUUCUCUCAAUACUUUUAGACUUGCCCAGCCUGUCUGUGUUUGGGCCUGCUCUCAAGCGCAUCUGUUCCUAUUGAGAACUUUUUUUAACAUGUUGCAAAUAUAUACGUUGAUUUUAAAAAAAAAUUUUAAAAAGCAAAAUAAUUUCCUAAAAAUGCUGGACAUUGCAUUUUUUAGCAAACGUUAUUCAAACAGUAGGAAAUAGUCCAAUUGUUGGGGACUAUUUUCAGCUGUGAAUUUGGUGCUCUAGUGAAUAUUUAUUGCAGCAGGACAGUGCAUGUUGGAUCAACUUAAAACUAACUGAGUGCCCAUGUUCUUCAUAAUGAAGAACCAUAUCACAUAAUGCAACAGUGUGGCACUUUGAUGUUUUUUAAAUAGUUUUCAGACAACAGUGGAGCUCUAUAGGACAGAGGAAUAUGUUGUAUCAGGCUUUGGAUACACAGACAACACUUGUCAGUGCGGUCAACCCCUUGUCGGUUUUGAUGUUUUAAUGGGAUCUGUUGACAAUAUUAAAAAUAUAGAAGAAUAUCACCAGACUGUGUGUGGAAAUUGAAAAAGCCUGACUUUGGCCCCCCCAGGUGGUAAUAUCAAAAAUAACACUGUUAAUGUCUCAGUUUUCAUAAACAAGCAAUUAUGCUGUCAUAAUUUGCUGUCCUAAUUUGACAGAUGCUUUAAUGCCAUAAAAAGUGUAUACAUAGUGGUUUUGAAAUUUCAGAGGUUCAAAACUCCCUUUGACCUUUAAUGCCAAUCAUUUGGGAACAAUUAAUUUUAAAUUACUGCCUUGGUUCCAGCUCCUUUGUCUUUCUCUUAGACUCCUAUUUCACUUCAACUCCAUUUUAUUAGAUUUUUGUUAAAUUUUGACCACAACUUCAGCACAAAUUUAAAAAAAAACAAUCUGCACUUAAGUACAAUUACACUGUUUGAGACUGUACAAUUGAGUGUGUUUUUACUCAUCCGAACAUGAUUUUAGGUUUGUUUUACAGUGGAAAACAAAACUAGUCUCUUAUCUCUUGAUCAUUUCAUUUUAACCAGUCACACUCAAAGCCAUAGACCGAGUUUAGAUACUUUACGUUGGUCAUAGAUGUUUUCAGUGGCAGCCGUGUUUGCUCCACAGUAAUCUACCGAUAACUGGCAAUUAGGUGGAGCUAAAUUAUAUAUCUGUGAGUAGUUACAGUUUGUUAUGGAGGGCAUUGUUUUAUAUGUAACAUAUCUGCAGCCAACAUGGCAUUCGUAAUACUUUCAUGGCCAAACACUUAUUACCCUUCUCACACUUAGUUGGGAUUGUUCACAAUGUACAGUAAGAUUUAUUAUGUUAGAUGUAGAUUUUUUUUUAUUGUAACAUUAUUUUAGUCAAACCCUGUGGAACACUUACAGCCAUGAACAAUCUUAUUUAAGCUAUACAGUGCCUUGACAUUACAAAGCCAAGUCAGACAACUGAAUAUAUGUUAAUUUGUUAUGAUGUAUUUUUCUUCUAGUCUUAACUGUCGGUUCUUGCGCUUAGUCUUACAUGGGUGCAUGUUUAUUAUCCUCUUAGAGUUUGGACUUAAUUUGUAGUUAAUUCUGUUUUUAUUUAUAACAUUAUAUUAUAUAUUGUUUUGUUGUUUUAGUUAAUGGGAUACUGUGACAUUUUGAAUUCUGGGCUAUUAUGUUGUUUUGUCAUCAAGCAGGUGUUACAGUAUGAGUGAAACACAAACUAUGAGGCAGGUUGUCGACAUUGCGGACAACCCGGAUUCAAACCAUUGGAUAUGGCUACAGUAAAGAUUGAUGAUGUUUAGAUAAUGAUACCCAUUUAUUUGAAUGGGGAAUGACCACAGUCACUGAUAAAACUGGUUGGGCUGACAAAUGAGAAAAAAUGUCUCAUAAUGUAACAGGUUCUUGAUGAACAAUAAAAACUUAACGGCAGACGUUUGCAGUGAAAGUAGACUGAGGAAGAGACUGAUUGUAAUUCCAUGCAGUGCCUUCUUAAAGAAAGAGUUCAGCAUUUUGGGAAAUAUGCUUAUUAGCAUUCUUGUCGAGGGUUUGAUGAGAAAGAGAUUGAUACGAACCUUGUGUCUGUACGCUAAAUAUUAAGCGUACCAGCAUCUCUAAAGACCAUUAAAAGUGCUGGUAAGCAGAUUUUGUCUCCUUUGACCAAAACCAGGCUAGCUGUUUCCCCGUUUCCAUUCGGUGCGCUAAGCUAGGCUAACCUGCUGCUGGUUGUAAUUAACAGACAGGAGAGUGGUAUCGAUUGUUUUAUCUAACACUCAGCAGGAAAGCCACCAAGCAUAUUUCCCAAAAUGUCUAGUUAUUCCUUUAAGAUCAACCAUCUUAGUUAUUGCUUAUGUCCCCAAUGUGCACUUAGAUUUUUUUCUUUGUAGGUAUCAUAUUGUUCUGGUUUUGCCAGCUUGUGUAUUUAUUUGGAUUGACCUUUAAAAACGUGUGUA